UCUGGUUCGAGCCUGGGACCCACCAGCUCGAUCUGCCCCUCGGUGCCGGCUCUGACUUGCUGCGGCCGGCGCUGCACUCCUAGCCUCCCGAAGUCUCCCCUUCAGAGGCGGAGCCAGCCAGGCCCUCCACUCUUCUGGUCCGGGCGGUGGGGCCGGGGUAAGGGGGAAUCCCGCAAGGCCAUUACGGCCCCAUCCCGAGGGAAAGGCAGUGGCGGAGACAGAAGUUGGAGUGGACAGAAGCUCGGGAAAAUGGAAGAGCUGAGUCAAGCCCUAGCUAGUAGCUUUUCGGUGUCUCAAGACCUGAAUAGCACAGCUGCCCCACACCCCCGCCUGUCCCAGUACAAAUCCAAGUACAGUACCUUGGAGCAGAGUGAGCGACGCCGCCGGUUAUUGGAACUGCAGAAAUUAAAGCGGUUGGAUUAUGUGAACCACGCCAGAAGACUGGCUGAAGAUGACUGGACAGGGAUAGAGAGUGAGGAAGAAGAAGAUAAGAAAGAUGAUGAAGAAAUGGACAUUGACACUCCCAAGAAGUUACCAAAGCACUAUGCUAAUCAAUUGAUGCUCUCUGAGUGGUUAAUUGACGUCCCUUCAGAUUUGGGGCAGGAGUGGAUUGUGGUCGUGUGCCCUGUUGGAAAAAGAGCCCUUAUUGUGGCCUCCAGGGGUUCUACCAGUGCCUACACCAAGAGUGGUUACUGCGUCAAUAAGUUUCCUUCGCUUCUGCCAGGGGGCAACAGGCGAAACUCAACAACAGCAAAAGACUACACCAUUCUGGACUGCAUUUACAGUGAAGCAAAGCAGACCUACUACGUGCUGGAUGUGAUGUGCUGGCGGGGUCACCCUUUUUAUGACUGCCAGACUGAUUUCCGAUUCUACUGGAUGCAUUCAAAGUUACCAGAAGAAGAAGGACUGGGAGAGAACACCAAGCUCAAUCCUGUAAGGCCUGGGUUUAAAUUUGUGGGGCUAAAGAAUUUUCCUUGUACCCCUGAGAGCCUGUGUGAGGUGCUGUCUAUGGAUUUCCCUUUUGAGGUAGACGGACUUCUCUUCUACCACAAGCAGACCCACUAUAGCCCUGGAAGCACUCCUCUGGUGGGCUGGCUGCGCCCGUACAUGGUGUCAGAUAUUCUUGGUAUGGCCGUGCCAGCUAGCCCGCUGACCACCAAACCAGAAUAUGCUAGGCACCAGCUCCAGCAGAUUAUUGAGCACAAGAGGAGCCAAAAGGAGGGCGUGAGGGAGAAAUCCACGCACAAGUCCUUUGACAACGGGCACUACGAGCUGGAGCACCUGUCUACCCCAAAGCCGAAGAACAAUCCCCACAGCGCAGACCAGCCUGGGACCCUCAUGGAGAACUAAAGAGGGCAGCCUCCUCUGGGAGUCACGGGACAGUGCUUGGUCCCAGAAAGAAGAUUGAGGAGGAGGACAGGUACAACAGGUGACUUCAUUUUAGAGUGAACUUUUCAAAGCCACUCCACUGGAAACAGCUUAAUUCCUGUAAAAAGUGUAUCUUGGAUCCACAAUGUAAAUACAUGCGAUUCUUAAGAAAGAACUGGUCAUUUUUUAUUUUUUCAAGGGACUUUUUUUUAACAGUUGUACAGAUGACUGUAUCAGUCUGGAAGGUUGUUUUUGUGGUCUAAUAGCCAAGAACUCACCCUGGUCCAUGUGGCUCAGUUGGGUGGAGCAUUGCUCUGUAACCAAAAAGUUGCUGGUUUGAUUCCAAGUCAGGGCACAUCCCUAGGAUGCAGCUUUAGUAUUUGGUUUGGUUGAGUACAGGAGGCAACCAAUCAAUGUCUGUGUCUAUCUGUCUUCCUCUCUCUCUCUCUCUUUCUAAAAGCAAUGGGGGAAAAUGUUCUCUGGUGAGGGUAAAAAAUAAAUAAAAAUAAAAGCCAAGAACUUGCGACUCAAAUUUUGAACUCUCAGGCUCCCUAAACCAUGGCCUGUUUCACUCUGGUUUUAGCACUUAAGCGUUCUGCUGAGUGUCCAGUUGCUACUGUUGCUAAUGUCAUUUUCUAAAAGGUCUUUCCAGGAACUGCAGUUCUUAGUAUUUGAAUAUCUUCCCUCUUCCGAGAAGACAAGUGUGACUUUCUUUGGUUUAGACAUUGCCAGAGAUAAAAGGCAAAUGGUGUUCAUUCACUACUUCAACAAACAUUUGAGCACCUUCUAGCAAAUAAGCCCUUGUGCUAGGCCUCAGUGAUGGGAGCUAGAGGGGACCAGUGAGAAAAUAAACCCACCAGCAUAUAGAAUGAGUGAAGAUGGUGAGCUGACUGCUGUAGUACAGAAAGGCCCAUAGAGCCUCCGGUGCUGGAAAGAGCACAGGGAGGUUUCACAGAGGAGAUCAGAGCAGGGCUGAGACUCACAGGAGGGACAGCAAUGUGCUCUGCAGACAAGGUGGUUAGGAGUCCUCACAGAGGCAGGAAUGUACCGUUGCCCUCCUUCAGGGCAGGCAGGGUAGGGCAGGACUUGCUGUGGGACCUGAAGUUGGUUUAGCGUGGCUCAAGCAUUAUGUAGAAUUGGAGGGCUGUGGAAGAGGAAGCUAGAAAGAGAUAGGCCUGAUUGUGUUAUACAGGGGUUUUGAAUUUUAUGUCAUGAAUGUAAAGGAGCCUAUGAAGUGCUUUGAGCAGACAAGAUCCAUUCAGAUUUAUGAACUAGAGCUCUUUGGUAGCUGUUGGAAUGGAAGGAAAAUGGCAUCUGCCCUAUGUUCAGGAAACGUCUCAUUUCCCAUUGGCUGUAAUCUGCCCCCACACUGCUUUCCACAUUCCUAGCACUUAUCUUAUUGGACAGAAUAAUUAACUAUUCCACUCCAGCAGCAGUAGUGUCCUGUGGACAAAAUCAUAGAAGGAUCUGGGUUAUAUGUGUGACGGGUUCUUUUGUGAUUAAUUCUGGGAACAAAUCUUGGCAGAACUUGUGGUUGAGAGGAGCCUAAUUAUAAAUUCAGCACAGCAGCGGACUUGGCCUUCCUGCUGGGCUCUUAGACAACUGCUGAAGCCAACUCUAUCAAAUCCAAGAUGAAGCCCUGCCUGGUGUGGCUUAGUGGACUAGGUGCUAUCCUGCAAAUGAAGAGGUUGUGGGUUUGAUUCCUGUUUGGAGCACAUACCUAGGUUGCAGGCCAGGUCCCUGGUUGGAGGCGUGCUAGAGGCAACCGAUCAAUGUUUCCCUCUUUUUCCCUCCCUUCCCCUCUCUCUAAAAUAGGUAAAAUAUUUUUUAAAAAUCCAAAAAGAAGCCUCCUCCCCUACACCCAGUGAUAUUCCUGCUGCCUGCAGAUUUCAGCAUGUCUAUAUCAAUAAGCUCUUUCCUAAAUUCCAAUAGCGUCAAUUCUGCUUGUCAGGAAGCUUGUUGUUGGCUGCCUAGAUAUUAUGUCUCUAUUUGAUCACCUGCCUUCUGAAUCUGUAGUGUGUAUUCUCAGCAGCUAGCUGUGUCCUUUCAGAAGCAGUGCGUGCUAGCUAGCAUCAGUGAGACAUGGCUGGGCUCUGCCCAGAAAUAACCAGGUCUGGAAGGACUACUUCCCCACAGGACACUCUGGGGACAGAGAUACAUGAGUCAAAGAAUGUAUUGGCCAAAAUUAUUACCAUGCACAACUUGAUAUGUUGAAUGGUUACUGGAAGGAUGUUUCUCAGAGGAAUGCCCCUUCUGUUUUUAACUGAGGAGCUAGUAGUAUUGAUUACUGAACAAAAUGUAUGUCCUGGUAAUAUUUCUUUGUGAAAUGCCACCUGUUACAAAGAUACUUGUGUUAUACGGUGCUGUGAUUGGAUAUUAGUUCUCUGGCCACUCUUCUGAAUAGCCCCCAGCCUUUUUUUUUGUGGAAUUAUCUCUCCCCAUGCAUUAUAGUAUGGUGGAGGUAUAAUUUGGGGUAACUCCCUUCCUUACCCAAGCCAUCAGGCUUAUGACUCAACUUGGGACAAUCACAUGCUCCUCACCAAGAAGAAUUCAUGUCUUGAGCAGAGAAACAAAGGGAGUGAUCAGUGGGAAUUCAUUUAUUUGGCCCACCAAGGAGCUGGGAGUGUUUCUUGUUCUUGUUACAAAACCUGUAAACAUCCGGUAAAUUUCGUCUUAUUUAAAGUAGCCAGAAUAGAUUUCCCGAUACCACUGCUCAGCGUGGCCCUGGGUAGCUUGCCUUGACUGGAGGACCAGCUUGGCAUAUGGUAGCAAGGAACUACGGCAGUAGUUGAGAUCACCUAUUUUAGCUGAAGUGCUAUUGGAACCCAUGCACCUAGAAAAGACCAAGCAAAAUAAGAAGUCUCGGUUACUUUAAUGUUAGCUGAGAAAAGCCAUGCUGGACUAUAUAAUGCCUGCACGGAAGAGUUGAUGUCAAACAAAUCCAGUUGUAUUUAGCAACCAGUUAUCUCCACUAGUUAACUUCUCACUUACAUUUCAGUCCACUGAAAUCUGACUUGUUCAUCCACUUCAAGUGCUCUCAUCAAGGGACUGGUCGACUCCUGUGUUCCAAAUCUAAGGGAUAUUUCCCAGGAUUUCUCUUACCUGGCUUUACCUGCCCAGUGUAUGCUGAUGCCUUCUCUAUCUUACUGUUGACACUGUAUAUGUAUCUAACUUAUUACCAGACAUUUCCUAGCCAUCUCAAAGUUAGCAUGACCCAAACUGAACUCAUUAUCCUUCUCCCUUAGUCAUGCUCUUCCUGAGAUCCUUGUCCCUGUUAAUAGUGUUUAGUCACCUUGACUAGGAAACUUUCUCGUGAUCUGGCCUUAGUGUAUCUGUCUGGUCUCAUAAAUAACCUUGUCUCUUUUGCUGCCUCCUUUCCCGUGAUGCUGCUUUACGUUCUCUGUAUACAUUUCUUUCAUAGUCCCUCUACCCCCUUCCCACCCCCACAGACACUAUUCCUCCUCAUUUUGAUUGCAUUGACCUGGUGACUAUACCUACUCAUCUUUAAAAAACCCCAUUCAACAGGUAACUAUUUGAAACUUUACCUCUGUAGGCAGAAUUAGCCAUUUUCAUCUUUGUGCCCUCCCCAUCCUACUACAUGUCUAUCAACCAAAGUUAGGGAUGGUCCACAAGAACACCACCAUUUUGACACUAAUUACAAGUUAGGGAUAGCCCCCAAGACCAACCCCCAAGACCAUUCUUAGGUCUGAUAAUUCAUCAGGAUUUACAGAACUUACUGAAAGCUUUUAUACAUGAUAACAGUUUAUCAUAGUGAAAAGAAACAGAUGAAAGUCAGGCAAGAGAAGAAAUGCAUGGGGCAGAGUCCACAAAAGUUCCAAAGGUGGAUUUUCCCAUUGUCUUCUCCCAGUGGAGUCAUGGACGGCAUUAAACUUUCUUGGUAACUACGUGUGACAAUAGAAUAUUACCAGCCAGGGAAUAUUCCCCUGUGCCUUGGUGUCCACCAUCUUUAUCCGGGCCUUAUGGUAGAUCUGUGCAGUGGUCUAGCUGGUAAUGUGUGAUUUAAAGUCCCUCCCUCCCCCAGUCACAUUGCUGGAUUUUUGGUAGGGCCAAAGACCCCCAGGUAAUCAAAGACACUAUUAGUAGGUCAUUCCAAGGGCUUUUAGGUUAAUUCCCAGGAGCCAAGAGCAUAGGCCAACCUUUCUCUUGGCAAAGUUAAAUCCUUUAUGACACUCUUUCUUAGGUUACAAGCUCCUUCUGGUGAGGGACCUGGUCUUUUUUUUUUUAAGGUUUUUAUUUAUUUAUUUUUAGAGAGGGGAAGGGAGGGAAAAACAGAAUCACUGAUGAGUGAGAGAAACAUCCAUCUAUUGCCUCUGGCACGACCUCAAGUGGGGACUUGGCCCACAACCCAGGCAUGUACCCUGACUUGGAAUCAAACAAGUGACCUUUUGGUUUGCGGGCUGCCACUUAAUCCACUGAGCCACAUCAGCCAGGGCUGGGAUCUGGUCUUAAUUCAUCUUUAGAUCCCCAGCGCCUGGCAUUUGGCCUGGCACUUACAUCAAUAAAUGUUGAUUGAGUAGGUGAAAUGAUGAGUGGGAAUGAGAAGACAUUUUGGAGGAGAGCCCCCUCCCCUCUCCCACUGCACAGAGGGGUGACGACCCUGGAGAGAGAAGGCUGAUUGGAGGUGUGUGGCUGGCUGCUAAACAGGUGGUUGGAUGUGCUGCAGACUGCUAAUAACAAGAACUGUAUUUAGUUCUGCAGAUGUGAUUAAAAGUAUAGCCUAAAAACUUGGCACUGCGUACACUGGAGGAGGGAAAGAAAUAAUCUUCUUAGCUACAGACUUCCUUUCUAAUAAGGGGAUGAGCAAAAACCACUGCACAAUAUAUUUAUAAAGCAAAUGUAUCUUUUGUUUUAUGUCUUCUGAUACGUAGGGCAGGAGAAGCAGACUGUUUGCUUUGAUAAGACGAGGUGGUAUUUCAGUCCCAUGCUGUCCUGGGAUUUUGUGAUUAUACCUGAUCUUUACAGUAAAGGAGAACCAAAUGAA